GACUUUAACGGUCGUCGCAUAUUACUAGCGUCAUCACUUUCCGCUCCUAGGAUCGGUCUUGACUACACGUGUGGUUUUUAUAAACGUUUACCCAUGGCAGGCUCAUUUUCUCAGGAGCUAGAGGAUUUGUUGAAUCCUUUGCCUAAAUUUGCAGAUCCAGAGGAUGACGAUGACGAGGCGACUAAAGCCAAAGUGAUAGAAAGAUUCAACGAGGACGACGAUGAAGAUGGGGGCCUAAGUGCACUGCGGAAGCACAAUACAUCUCUGCUCUCAGAAACGGACAGACGGUAUGUGGGGAAGACAGUCUCUCGUAAACAGCUACUGAUGGAUAUUGAUGAAUCUGGUGAGGAGGAGGGCAGCAUAGAAGAGCAAGAUGAAGAAGAGGAUUCUUUAGGGGAUGAAGAAGCUGAUGAUGAUGAUGAUGAUGAAAAUGAGGAGUCGGUGGGCAGUGAUGCACAACUAGGUGCUCAAAUUGCAUUUCCUCAGGGAGUGGACUUCCACAAACUGACAGAGGGCAUGGAUGACCUGGGAGUGAGUGAAGAUGAUGACAGUGGCGAGGAGACUGAAGGCAGCGAUGAAGAUGACGACGAGACGGAAGACAAUGGUGAAGACGACGAGGAUGAGAGAACUGUCCGCACAUUUUCUCAAGAGAAAGUAGACGAAGAAGUUGAGAAAGGGGAUGCUGUGAAGAACCAGCUGGCCCUGUGGGACCAAAUGCUUGAGGGUCGAAUCAAAAUACAGAAAGCUCUGGUGACUGCCAACCAGCUUCCACAGCCGCUGACCUUCCCAGAGUUCAAGAGGAGAGGUGGAGCCGAACUUGCGGGGGAGCUGAAAAACACCCACAAAGCUUUGAAAGCUCUUCAAAGAUCCCUCCUUGAGCUUCACGACCAGACGCUGUAUCAGAAUGCAAACACGAGGAGCAUCACUCAAGGGAAGACGAAAACUCAGGGUGAAGACGAGGAGAUAAACAGUGAUGAUAAUGAGGAUGAAAAAGGGUCUGUGCAGGAGGACGGCGCGCCUAAACGAAAACUACAGAUGGCAGAGUACCCGGACUUCAUGGCCAAACGGUUUGCUGCUUUCCAGCCUUACUGUAAUGCCACGUUGCAAAAGUGGCAUGAUAAAACCAGACUGACUAUGGGCAAAAGCAGCAAGGGUUUUGGGGCGUUCGACAGAAACAUAUUGACCCAGGUGGAGCAGGUGAUGAUGGACAAGGAAAGGCUGGUGCGACGCACCCAGACCCGACGCUCAGAAUACAGAGUCCUGGGAAAAAAAGAGGCCUCUGUUCUCACUUCUGAAACUGUCUCCACAGAGGGAGAGGAGGUGGAACAGCUGAAAGCAAACACACAUCUAAAGGAUCUGGAUGAAGAUAUAUUUGAUGAUGAUGAUUUCUACCACCAGCUUCUAAGAGAGCUGAUUGAACGCAAGACAAGUGCAGCUGACCCCAAUGAUCAGGUGGCUAUGGGCAGGCAGUGGCUGGCCAUCCAGAAAUUGCGCAGCAAGAUCAAGAAGAAGGUAGAUACCAAAGCCAGCAAGGGCCGUAAAGUCAGAUUCCACAUCCACAGUAAGCUGGUCAAUUUUAUGGCUCCUAUUGACCACAGCUCAGUGAGUGACGAUGCACGCAGUGAACUGUAUCGUGGCCUCUUUGGUCAGAACUCCACAAUCAGGGAGUGAUGUGAAGGAGAGACUGUGGGGGCACAUGCUAAAGUUUUAGGAUGUAGGCAGUGCCUUUUCUUCACCCUUGAAUGACGCAGAGUAGCAGUUUGUGUUAGGACAGAAACUGGGCCUGCUUUUUGGCAUGAGAAGCUUGACAGAAUAUGGACUUGCAGGGGACAUAAUUCUUCAUUAAUACAUUUUAUACAGAGCAACAUUUUCAGUUAUGUCUUUUUGCCUGAGCCAUGAGCAAUUUUUGAUAAAACAUGCAAUACAUGAGUGUUUCCAACAAAACAAAAUGCCUAAUGACUGUUAAGUGGAUUUAAAGAAAAACAAAGUAUAUCUAUUUUUUCUUCUAUCACCAAGUCUCAUAUGAUUCAAGUAAAGUGUGCACUUCAAAUUGUAUGACCUUUUCUUUAAAAAGUGAACUGUACUUACUUAUGUGUCCCAAUUCCAUACAACAUGGAAACUGUAUGGUAUACUUAUAUCUUAAUAGCAUACUGUUUUCCAGUAACUAUACAAGAUUCAACAAAUUUCACUGCUUUAACAGGACACGAUAAAAAAAAACCUGCAUUUUUAGAAUGAACCUUAUUGGCAGUGACAGAUAAACAGCAACAUUUUCCAAAAAAAAAAUGUAGUUUUUGUUAGGUUUUUCACUAUCACAAAAAAAAAAAAAAUACUGGAUAUGGCUUUUUCAUAGCAGAAAUUAUGACUUGUCAUACACAGUGUUCAAGUCUUAUUACUUAAACUUAGUGUGGAAGAAGCUAAUUCAAGCGGUUUAUCUAAUCCUUGCCUGCACCCCCAAAUUUCCACAAAAAACAAGAGGAUAUGACCAAAGGUUGCUACAGCCUCAUUGCCACUACAUUACUCCACAGUAUUUGGAAAUUAAAAGCAAGUUAAAUGUUCAACCUUACAAUAUAGCACCAAUCAUGUGGCAUUUCUCUUAAUGUCUAGAUUUAGAGUUAAAUA